GCGCCUCUUGAAUCUGCUUCAGCCUUAGUGGGCGGCGAAUGCGAGACGGUGAGCAGUUUGAACCGUGGCUGUGCCGACGCGGAAACAUUGAAAUUUGACAAUUUGUCGGGUGGAAUUUGAACUGUUGUGUUCUCCAUCCACAAACACGGUGCAUUUUGUGACAACGCCGGUUCAAAAGCGGCGGGUAACGGCAGGUUUUCGGUCUGUUCGCCGACUCUGGGGACGUGAAAAGCCGGUGUCGCGCAAAGUGAUCCGCUCCCUCCUCACCGAGCUAGCUGCUAGCUAGCUGCCGAGCUAACCUCAGAGCUAGCAAUAGCCAGCUAAUCCCCCCCCCACCCACCCGCACAACACAAAGGACGACUUUGCCCGGUGUUUGCCAAUCCCGAAUAACUUCGACGGAUGAGGACUGAUCCUCCCGUGAAGGUCGAUCAUGGUGCUGACAGGGAAGCGCUCGGAGAAAGGUCCGGCCUGCUGGAAGAGGAGGGUGAAGUCUGAGUACAUGAGGCUGCGACAGCUCAAGCGCUUCCGACGGGCCGACGAGGUCAAGAGCAUGUUCAACACCAACCGUCAGAAAAUCGUGGACAGAACUGACAUUCUGAACCAGGAGUGGAAGACGAGGCGAAUCCAGCCGGUUCACGUCAUGACGUCCGUCGGCUCCUUGAGAGGCACGCGAGAGUGCACGGUGGACAGCGGCUUCUCCGAGUUCCCCCGGCAGGUCAUCCCCCUGAAGACUCUCAACGCCGUGGCCUCGGUGCCCGUCAUGUACUCCUGGUCGCCGCUGCAGCAGAACUUCAUGGUGGAGGAUGAGACGGUGCUCCAUAACAUCCCCUACAUGGGAGACGAGAUCCUGGACCAGGACGGCACUUUCAUAGAAGAGCUCAUCAAGAACUACGACGGCAAAGUCCACGGAGACAGAGAGUGCGGCUUCAUCAACGACGAGAUCUUCGUGGAGUUGGUGAGCUCCCUGUCGCAGUACAGCGACAACGAGGACGAGGAGGAGGACGAAGAGCAGGACUUUAAGGUGGAGAAGAUGGAGGUGUGCGACGGGAAGGAGCAUCCGGAGGAGCCGCGCAGGGACGGCCUCGUCAACCAUGAGAGCCGAACCAGCAAUGACGGCACCAAGAAGUUUCCCUCUGACAAGAUCUUUGAGGCCAUCUCCUCCAUGUUCCCUGACAAGGGCUCCACGGAGGAGCUCAAAGAGAAGUACAAGGAGCUGACGGAGCAGCAGCUGCCCGGCGCGCUGCCGCCCGAGUGCACGCCCAACAUCGACGGGCCGAACGCCCGCUCGGUGCAGCGCGAGCAGAGCCUGCACUCGUUCCACACGCUGUUCUGCCGGCGCUGCUUCAAGUACGACUGCUUCCUGCACCCUUUCCACGCGACGCCAAACACCUACAAGCGCAAGAACUUGGAGAACCUGGUGGACAGCAAACCCUGCGGCGUGGACUGCUACAUGUACCUGGUUCAGGGUGGGAUGGCGAGCGAGUACCCGGCGGGCGCCGUAGCUGCGGCGGAGCGAACCAAGACGCCCUCCAAGCGCCCGGCGGGGCGUCGCCGCGGGCGACUGGCCAACAGCCGACCCGGCACGCCCUCCGUUUCCUCGGAGACCAAAGACACGGACAGCGAGCGCGAGGGCAGCAAAGACGGCGAGCGGGACGACGACGACGACGAGGAAGACAAGGACGACCGGCGGGACGAAGACAAAGAAGACGAAGACAAGAAGGACGAUAACAGCAGCAGCAGCAGCUCAGAAGGCAACUCGCGCUGUCAGACGCCGGUGAAGAUGAAGCUGAUCGGCGAGGCCGAGGCGGUGGAGUGGAGCGGCGCCGAGGCAUCGCUCUUCCGCGUCCUCAUCGGGACGUACUAUGACAACUUCUGCGCCAUCGCGCGGCUCAUCGGCACCAAGACCUGCCGACAGGUUUACGAGUUCAGGGUCAAGGAGUCGAGCAUCAUCGCGCGGGCCCCCGCCGAAGACGAGGACACGCCCCCGAGAAAGAAGAAGAGGAAACACCGACUGUGGGCCACUCACUGCAGGAAGAUCCAGCUGAAGAAAGAUGGCUCGUCCAAUCACGUGUACAAUUACCAGCCAUGUGACCACCCGCGGCAGCCCUGCGACUCCUCGUGUCCCUGCGUCACCGCGCAGAACUUCUGCGAGAAGUUCUGCCAGUGCAGCUCAGAGUGUCAGAACCGGUUCCCGGGGUGUCGGUGCAAGGCUCAGUGCAACACCAAGCAGUGUCCUUGCUACCUGGCGGUGAGGGAGUGCGACCCCGACCUCUGCCUGACCUGCGGCGCCGGGGACAACUGGGACAGCAAGAACGUGUCCUGCAAGAACUGCUCCAUCCAGAGAGGCGCCAAGAAGCAUCUGCUGCUGGCGCCGUCGGACGUGGCCGGCUGGGGGAUCUUCAUCAAAGAGCCGGUGCAGAAGAACGAGUUCAUCUCCGAGUACUGCGGAGAGAUUAUCUCUCAGGACGAAGCCGACCGCCGAGGGAAAGUCUACGACAAAUAUAUGUGCAGCUUCCUCUUCAACCUCAACAACGACUUCGUGGUCGACGCCACGAGGAAAGGCAACAAGAUCCGCUUCGCCAACCACUCCGUGAACCCCAACUGCUACGCCAAAGUGAUGAUGGUGAACGGGGAUCACCGGAUAGGAAUCUUCGCCAAGAGAGCCAUCCAGACGGGGGAGGAGCUCUUCUUCGACUACAGGUACAGCCAGGCGGACGCUCUGAAGUACGUGGGCAUCGAGCGAGAGCUGGAGCUCGCCUGACCCGGACCUCCACCGCCGGACUCGACGACAACCGCCAACGCACUCAACACACACGCGCACGCACGCACGCACGCACACACACACUCCUUUACUUCAGGAAAUCCAGACGACUCGUCAAAAACGCUAGAAAGCUUCAAGGAAACUGGGAAUCUUUGAAGCCGAAUUUUGAUGCUGUUUUUUCUGGUUUCUUUAACCACCUUUUCGUCUACUUUUAUAUUUUGUUUUUUUCUUGUCACGAUUGUCUUCUGAUCUGGAUUCUUUUUCACUCUUAUAGAAACUGAAUAUUCUUGUUUCGUACUGUUGUUCGUACAAAGUAAUACAAAUAUAAUUUUUUUUUAGGGAGGGAGGAGACUUGAAACUAUUUAUUUAGUCUGUCGGGUUGGACAAUUUAAAAAACAAUUCAGUGCUGAAAAUCAAAUGUUUACUUCGGUGCGUCAACAGUCCAAAACUAAAAAAUAUUCACUUCACAAUUAUAACAAUGAGAGAAACAGCAGUUUUUCCUUUUAUUGUUGAUAAUCAAAUACUA